GAUAAAGAAUUUAACUUUAAAAAAAAAACUUGAAAAAAUAAUCGGAAUCAUUUUGGGCAAAUCUCACUCACAGAUUUGAGAAACAGCAAACCUAACAUUUGGAAACCUUGGCUGCCGGAGGUUACUCCGGUUGACAUGACGACGAUGAUAACUGAUCGGAAUCGUUUCCAACUGUCACUCUUCAUCUUCGUACUUCAAUUCACUGCCUUUGCCUCUUCUUCUCUCACUCCACACACCCCUUCCAAUCUCACCCUCAUCUUGCAGGAUGUUUUGAAGGCAAUAUCGGCCAAACAAAAUUGGGAUUCGAAGGAUGUCAGAGUUAUCAAAUUGGAUGUGGGUAAAGUUAGGUUCGGCACAUCCCAAACCUACGAGUUCCGAAUCGGAUUAGGCAAAAACAACUUGACCCUCAAAUUCUCCGAUCAAGUUUCUUCGUGGAACAAGUUUAGAACACCCUUUAACGAUUUUGGGUCUCUGAUUCACCGGCUCUGUUCCUUCGCCCUUCUCGAUACCCUCAAAUUAGAAGGUCCCUUUGAGUUGCGCGUCGAUGCCCUUCACCACCUUUCGCUAUCUCUCCCUAUGAACGUUUCGUAUGCGGGUUUGAAACGGAUCCUUGUGGGUGAAGGUAUUACGGUAGAAGUAACAAGAGCACAAGAAAUUUCUCUGUUUUACUCGUCUGAUCUUGAUCUGCAAAUGAAUGGAAGCAUCGUGUGUAGCAAAGGAAAGAGUGACUUUUGGCCUUUUCAGCAGUCAACAUGCAUGCCUCUAAUUCCAAUACGUGUAUUAAGGUCUGCGUCAUUGGUUGCUUAUAGAGCUCGGAAUCGUUAUGCAUAUGUAGCAACUACAUUGAUUUCGGAGGACACUGUUGAGCUGCUUCCAGAAAAAUGUUACCAUGGUCGUGUGUUUCGAAAGCGAGCGUGCCCCAUUGAUUCGUUAAGUUUGAGAUUAAGUAUGUUAGAGAAAAUUUUGAGGAGUCUUCUUGGUCGUAAGAUACUUCAAGAUCAAUUUUUUGGCCAUGUCAAAGCAAGUAUUAAACCAUCAGCUGUUGUAAAGUUCCCCUUAGAAUUAGAAAGAGACAUAGGGAAUAAUGUCACUCAUAAUCGGACAAUUCCUGAUUGGAGAACAAGGCCUAGUGUUGAAAGAGCUUGGUUUGAGAUAUUGGCCAAAGUUGAGGAAAACAGGCUCGAGCCUCUUUUAAUCAAGAAACUAAAACCUUUUAUUGAAUCUGAUUCAAUAUCCUGGGCUAAUUUGAUGUCCAAUAUGUCAUAUACGAAGUUGAGACCCGUUUUUCUUCCUCCGGAGGCUCUUACACUGGAUGUGAAAUGGUAGGAGAAACUCUUGUAAGUUAUAAUAUCUUUUUUAGACACUUUUUAGGUCAUGUUUGUAGAUUCUUAUGUUGAUCUUGUUAUAUGCAAUAGUUCAUUAAUUCUUGUGAAAUAUUACCCUUGCAUACAUACAUGAUUGGUCUUGUAAAUACCAAAUAGGAG